CAUUUAAAUAACAAGUGGACACCCAUUUUCCUACUCCUCCCUCUAACGCCUCAUUAACCCAUUUAAACGCUUCAUUAAGCCAUUUUCUGUUCUCCCCUCAAUGGACCGUGGACACCUAUAUGUGGUGGUUAAAUCCGCCACUACUUAUAGUCGACGGCGUCGUGACACUUCAUACCUUCUCUCUACUGAACCCAUUAUGUACUUCAAGAAAUUCGUACCAACCCAGUGCCCUGAGCUUGAUUUGAAUCACACUUCUUAUUACAAACACCAGCUAGAGUUGGACAAAGGCAAUAAUAUUGAUCCCAAAAAUAAUUAGAAAUGAGCUUGCCAUGGAUGAUGUGCAGAGAUUUGCUAACACAACAGUGCAGAGGAUGAUGGUUGGUCCUGGAGGCGAAGCUAAGCCAGCCUACCUCCCACUGUUAUCGGACAUAAAAGGGUACUUGCAACAUGGCGGUGUGGCGGUUUUUGUGCAAUGGCUUUUCAAGAAUCACGUCUUUGUAGAAGAGGAGAUUGUUCCUAAAGAUGUCAUGCCAAUAUUUGACCUUGUUCCGACAUUCGAUGCUGAGUCUACCCUAACAUUUGCUUUUCCCUUAAUUGAGAAGCAUGUUUUCAUUGGUGCGAAGACGAAUUCAAUCCACGUUCUGAGAAUUGAAAAUCGGAUGUCAAUCUUGAAAAUCAAUGUCUUCUCGGGGGUAACAAAAAAAAAUGGUGUUCAUUACCACCGUAUAUCUGUUUGUGGUCAGGUGCCAUCCGAUGUUGAUAAGGCUGUUUUCCCGGAAGGGGAAUUUGUGCUUUGCUGGAAUGCGAAAGACAUUUCCAGACCUUCUUUUAUGCACAAUUUCCGCAAUCUUUAUGAUAGCUAUAAACCGAUGUUGUUCAUAAUCACUGAAGCUUGCCCACAUGACAUCAUACUAUGGAAGCUUGUUGCUACGCUUCCAGGACCAUAUCAACACGCGUUCAGUGGCUACGACGCUGUAGGCGGUGUUAUGCUGCUUUGGAACAAGCUUGUCGAGCCGUAUUUUAACAGGAGGAGCUCCUGCUUGACCGGACACAUCAUGGGAGUCGAAAUAGAGCCCGGACCAAGCAUUGUUCCUACCCGCUUUGACGAUGUUAUCCCUCAAGAAGUCCAUUAUCCUGCAAACGAGUACGAUGACAUACAAGAUUGAAACGUGUACGCCUCGUUCUAAUCCACGAUGGUAGUUGUCGCGUUGUCAUAUGUCUAGGACAACAGUUAGUCAGGUUUAGCCUAGUAACAACAUAGCUAAUUCUAGUGCUAUAAGUUUGUGGCCGUGUUAUUGUAAUAAUCUUGAACAAGGAUGUAGUAUUUGUAGAGUAAUUUUUCAACGUACGUACUUAUUAUAUUUAAUAUUUCUGUAUUAAUAUUUCUACUUACGAACUUGUUAGAUUAGCACAAUACAAGGUACUAAACUAUCAAAGAAGUUGCGACUAAGGUACUCAACUUUCACUUGUUGCAAUAUGGGUACUCAACUUUGGUACAUUUUUACUUAUAUUUACCGAUCACAACCAGUUUUACUUAUACUUCGGAUAUAUUUUGUAAUCCUUUUAAAUUAAAAAAAAAAUUUAAUACUCGAAUAUUUUGUACACGGAUAUUUUGUACUCCAACUUUAUAAAAAAAUAUGAUUUGUAAUCCUUAACAAGUAAUGAACUUAUUAUCAGACUUCCAAUAAAAAAAAUUUAAAUAAAAAUCGUUGCGCAAUUAUGUUAAGACUAUUGGGAAAAUAUUUAUGAUUAUGAAAAUAGUAAUUAUAAAGUAUCAAAGUGAUGUACGGU